AUGGCCCAUCCAGCUAAAUUGUGUCCAAUUUGGCCUGAAAUUAGACAAAAGACCAAGACCAAAACCAAGGCCAAGACCAAGACCAAGACCAAGACCAAAACCAAGACCAAGACCAAGACCAAACCCCCCCCCCCCCCCCGACCAAACCAAACCAAGACCAAACCAAGACCAAACCAAGACCAAACCAAACCAAGACCAAGACCAAGACCAAGACCAAGACCAAGACCAAAUCAAGACCAAGACCAAGACCAAGACCAAGACCAUUACCAAGAUCUGACCUGA